ACUGAGUUAGGAUAAUUUAUAAGUUGGAUGUGGCGGCGGCUGGAGGGAUAAGUAAGUGGCGAUUUCCCGCUUUACAACGCGUUUAUCUGAAUGUGAGGUGUAUUUAUCGACUGGGGAAACAACAAACAAAGAACCCAGACAUGAAUCUAGAUUUGAAAUGGAUGGUAGUGUUAAUCGUAUGUCUAGCAUCUAUUCACAGUACACGUGGUCAAUGUUCCUCUCAUCAGUUCCAAUGCACAAAUCGGCGAUGUGUUCCUUUAACGUGGAGAUGCGACGAAGAUUUUGAUUGUGAAGAUCACUCGGACGAACAGAAUUGUGACGUUAGGACGUGUUCUGUGACCGAGUUCAAGUGCGCCAAUGAAAAAUGUAUACCUAGUAGAUGGCAAUGUGACAACGAAAACGACUGUGGAGAUAUGUCUGACGAGGAUGCCAAAAUGUGUCGAAAUAAAACAUGUUCUCCAGAACAAUUCUUGUGUCAUUCUUCAAAUGGAGUCUGUGUACCCAUGUCUUGGAGGUGUGAUGGUCAAGAAGAUUGUGAUGAUGGAUCUGAUGAGAAAGAUGGCUGUCAUCAAAUAACUUGUACAGAAGAAGAGUUUUCUUGUAAAAAUAACAAAUGCAUUACUAAAAGAUGGUUGUGCGAUCAAGAUGACGAUUGUGGAGAUGGCAGUGAUGAAUUAAAUUGUCCUAAUGUAACGUGCUCUAGUUCAGAAUUUAUGUGCAAAAUUGGAAAAUGUAUACCUAUUCGUUGGAAUUGUGAUGGUGAUAUAGAUUGUAUCGAUGAGUCAGAUGAGAAGGAUUGUCCUGCUGAUGCAAUAAAAUCUCCCUGCAGUUUAGGAGAAUUUAUGUGCAAAAAUCGCAGAGAUUGCAUUCAUGCAUCAUGGCACUGUGAUGGAGAAGUGGAUUGUCCAGAUAGUUCAGAUGAAUUUAAUUGUAAUGCAACUUGUCGUCCAGACCAGUUUCAAUGCAAGGAUCAUCAGUGCAUUCCUGGUCCAUUAGAAUGUAAUGGACAAAAGGAGUGUCAAGAUGGAUCUGACGAAGAACAUUGUCCUUUGUUGAUUAAAUCAUGUGAUCUGGACAAAGAAUUUGAUUGUGGUAGCAAUCACUGCAUUCCUUUAAACUUAGUCUGCAAUGGUAAAAAUGACUGUGGAGAAUGGGAAGACGAACCCAGAGAUCAAUGUUAUCAAAAUGAGUGCUUAAAAAAUAAUGGAGGCUGUUCUCAGUUGUGUGUUGAUAAACCUGUUGGAUAUAGUUGUGAAUGUAAUAAAGGUUUUCAAUUAGUUGAUAAUAAAACAUGUGAAGAUAUCAAUGAAUGUGAAAUACCUGGUUCAUGCUCCCAGAUUUGUAUUAAUACAAAAGGAAGUUAUAAAUGUGCAUGUCAUGAAGGUUACAGUCUAGAACCUAGUUCUCAUCAUCGUUGCAAGGCACAAGAAGGACAUCCUUCUUUGCUUUUUGCUAAUCGCCACGAUAUAAGAAAAAUCAACCUUGAAACCCUGGAAUAUAAAGGAAUAGUCAUGAAUCUUCAUAGUACUGUAUCAUUAGAUUAUCAAUUUAGCACAGGAACUGUUGUAUGGUCUGAUGUUGCAGAAGAAUGCAUUAAAAAAGCACCAAUUGAUACUGGAUCACCCAUAGAGAAAAUCAUAGAUACAGAUAUAAAAAUACCAGAUGGAAUUGCAGUUGACUGGAUAUAUAAUAACAUAUACUGGACUGAUACGGGAAAAGAUACUAUUGGUGUAUCAGAUUUACAAGGAAGAAACCGAAAAACUUUGAUUUCAAGUGGAAUGGAUGAACCAAGAGCAAUUGUUUUAAAUCCUCUGGAAGGUUGGAUGUUCUGGACAGAUUGGGGGGAACCAUCAAAAAUUGAAAGAGCAGGAAUGGAUGGAACUCAUCGCAAAGUUAUAGUUUCAACAGAUAUAAAAUGGCCAAAUGGGUUAGCAAUUGAUUUAGACAGUAAGAGAUUGUUCUGGGUGGAUGCCAAGCUUCAUAUUCUGUUUAGCUCUGAUUAUGAUGGUAGUAAUCGACGUGUGGUAAUGUCUUCGCCAAUCAUGCUAAAACAUCCAUUUGCAAUUGAUAUUUUUGAGGAUUGGGUUUAUUGGACUGACUGGGAAUCAGAAGCAAUUCACAAAAUGAAUAAAUUUACUGGUCAAGAAUUGAGUAAUAUUGCAGUUGGAAUAUUUUCACCAAUGGAUUUACAUGUCUAUCAUCCAUACAAGCAACCAGAAGGCGUCAAUUAUUGUAAAAAUAUGAAUGGAAUGUGUUCUCACCUGUGUUUACCAGCUCCACUUCUUACAAAUGAUUCUGCAAAGUUUUCAUGUGCAUGUCCAGAUAAUAUGGUCUUAUUUACAGAUAAACACACUUGUAUAGAACAAGUUACUACUACUGUAACGAUAAAAGAAACGAAUCCUCCAAACACUACUCAAUCACUAGUCACUGUUUCAGCUUCAAUUUUAUCAAAGUUAACAACUAUCCCAUCUACUACUAAAGUUCUAACUACCACCACAACCUCUACCACCCCUACCACAUCCACAACCUCCACUACUAUGAAGCCCAAAUUGAUUGUCAAGCCUACUUCCACUACUUCCAGUUCUUCACUACCUAAAGUUCUAACUACUACCACUUUCAUCACAUCCUCUACCUCCACUACCAUGAAGCCAAAAUUGAUUGUCAAGCCUACUUCUAUGUUGACUAUAAACUAUACUGUAUCAACCCAUUUGAAUGCUCACACAUCUGAAACUACUCCUGAAAAGACAAAGGCAGAAACAACUGAGCAUAUCGAAAUCCAUAAUCUGACACCUUCUGUACCAACACGUUAUUCUGAAAUUAAUUAUACUGCACCUUACUAUCACGAGCAGCAAGUUGCUCCAAAGGAGGAACCAGAUACAGGAAGGAUAGCUGGAAUUAUAAUUGGUGUAUUGGGUGGAGUGGCUAUAUUCACUACACUGGUUGCGUUUCUACUGUAUAAACAUUACCUGCGAAGAAAUGUAACCAGUAUGAAUUUUGAUAAUCCAGUGUACCGCAAAACAACAGAAGAUCAGUUUAGUCUAGAAAAGAAUCAGUAUCAACCAGCCAGGUCGUAUCCACCUAGUCUGGAACCAUUGACGUCACCUGGCACAAAUGAAUUUGUUUAAUGUCUUCAUAUUAUUUUACAUAGUUAACAAAUCUGAUUGUUUGAGUGUGUGUCCAUAGCAACACUGCAGUCUACGAAGCAUUGGUAUUGUGCUUUUGCGCCAGUACCAUACUAACGAACAUUGUGCAAAAAUUUGGAAAUACCCAAUUGCAUCCACUGACUGUUGCUUUGGUCACAUUAGGAAAGUGAUGUAGAUUGAGAACUGCCAAAUCGUGUUGAUGAAAGUGAACAUUGUUAAGAUAAUUAAAUGCAUCUGUCCAGAGUGAAAGCCACAACGUUCGGAACAGUGAGGUAGGCCAUCGUCAUCCGCUCCAUGGGCCAUUCUCCCGUACCGUGACAUCAAGCUAUUGUUGUUAUUGUAUAUGGUUACCUUGUUUGUUAUUUUAGAACUUUAUAACAAUGCAGGUCUACAAAUUUGUACAGAAGUUGCUUCAGAUUAUCUGCAAACUUUUUUUCUUAUUAUGUGACUAAUUAUUCUGUAAAUUAUUGCAUGUAGUUUAAAACUGUACACAAACUAUCCCUCCAGUGUCCUCUCUUUCUUGGAAUCUCAUUUUGAAAAAUUUUAUUUCAAGAAGAAAGUUUUUGUAUACAAAUAACUGCAUUUCUUUACAUUGUAGAAAUUUCACAUUUUUCAUAUUCUUGUGAAAUUUGCUCAAAUUUGUCAAAAUGCUGUAAAUAAAACUUAUUGAAAUGUAUCAUUUUCAAAUUGUUUAAAAAAAAAAA